AUGCCGCCGACUGCCUGUAACCUCCUCGCCGUCCCUCUCCCUCCGCCUUUCCUCCUGCCUCGCUCGCUCCUCCGAAAACCUCUCAACGGCUCACAAACCCGAUCCUUUGGUAUCAAAUCAAUAGAAGGCCACCCCAAGCACAGUCCCUACAAUGUCGUCCCUGGCAUUAAACCGCUCCUCUCAUCUCAGGCUGCCGCUUUCGAGCGCAGAAUCAAAUCCGAUACCCUCCCCUUGAGAACCGGAGCUCUGGCCAUCAAGAAAGGAAUGACAGGAAUAUACGAUGCCGAGUCAGGGAAAAGGAUACCUUGCACAGUACUGCAGCUGGAUCGGAAUGAGGUGGUCAGUCACAAGACGCGCAAGCAACAUGGAUACUAUGCUGUCUGUGUGGGCAGUGGCACCGUCAAUCCCAAGAACGUCACCAAGCCAAUGCUCGGCCAUUUUUCUGUCCAAGGCGUCAGCCCCAAACGGCAUCUGCAAGAGUUUCGCGUUCGGGGCCGUGACGGACUAUUACCUGUCGGCGAGGAAAUUCGAGCCAAUUGGUUUCUGGAAGGACAGUUCGUGGACACGCGGUCCAACUGCAAGGGGAAAGGGUUUGCAGGUCCCAUGAAGCGAUGGGGUUUCCACGGUCAAGAUCGGAGUCACGGUCAAUCUCUCAGUCACCGAUCCCAUGGUUCACUGGGCCAGGGCCAAGGUGGUGGUAGCCGUGUGUAUCCCGGCAAGAAGAUGGCGGGAAACAUGGGAGGACAGCGGAAUACGGUGCAGAACCUCCGAGUUCUACAGGCAGAUGCUGAGAAUGGAAUUGUGGUUGUCAACGGUGCCGUGAGCGGCCCCAAGGGAUGUGUAGUCCUGAUCCAAGAUGCCCUAAAGAAGCCCUGGCCUCAAGUCGAAACCGCUUCCAAAAAGGCUGCGGAUGCAAAAGCUGAAGCAUAG